CAAAGCCCUUGCUCAACCAAGAAGCUGUGUGUCUCUAAAGGAAGAGGGAGGGCGAGGCGUCGGCCGGGGAGGGGAAGGGCGAGCACCUCCCAUUGCGCAUCAGAUCCAUCGUUGUUCAGAGCAAGAGACAACCAGCCUCGACGCUCUCCAGCCAAGUUUCUGGUCCACAUCAUCGUCAUCUCUUCCCCUUCACAGCCAUGUCAUCGCGAUACACCGCCGGACCCACAGAGACGGAGCGCUGCAUCGAGUCACUGAUGGCCGUUUUCCAUCGCUACGCCGGCCACGACGGAAACGCCACUUCCCUCUCCAAGCAGGAAUUCAUUACCUUCAUGAACACAGAGCUGGCCUCUUUCACAAAAAACCAGAAAGACCCUGGCGUCGUUGACCGCAUGAUGAAGAAACUCGACAUAAACAGCGAUGGAAAAAUUGACUUUGGGGAGUUCUUGAACCUCAUCGGGGGGCUUGCACAAGCCUGUCACACUCAUGCGCUGUCAUCUCCAACCAAACCCUAGAAGCCACAACUUGGUAUUUUCGGAGCAGCGACCAACUUUCUUGCAAACAUUCCAAAAUGUGCCGCCGCAUCUGACACUAAGUACAUGCUGCAGCUGGCGUUAAAGGCCAGUGCACUGGCCGCCAUCUUCUCUAUUUCCUUUUCUCAAUAAAAUCAAUCUACUUAGAACAAAAAA